UACUGAAUAAAAAGAAUUAUUUUACUCUUCGAUAGCUUCUCAUUUUUCUCUACGGUGCAGUGCGUGACGUGACACGAGUACUCGUGCAAGGUUAAUCAGUGUGACCACUGUGACGGUUUGAAACAUUGAACGCUGAACGGUGAUCGCCGACCGGAGAGAGUGACAGGGCAUUUCCCCGAUCGUAGAAUGUCGAUUAGCAAUUGUAGUAAUUCUUUAUCAUCUUCGGGUGUACUCUGAAUGUUCGUAGUCAUCUCCCGUGUACAGAACACAGUCUUCCGUUUACCGCUAUUAAUUUUGGUAACUUUAAAAGAUGCCCCGCACAAAUAGUCGCAAAAGGAAUCAUUAUCGUAAUGAUAAUACAGCUAGAGUAUCUACUGCUUCCAAUUUAUCACCUAACGCACCUGAAUUUAUCCCUAAUGCUAACAAUGACAAUGUUUCAAAUUCAAGAGAAUACAUGGAAAUUCAACCUGUGCCAUUUUCUGAAAAUUCCAGUGUAUCAAAUAAUAGUGGGAAUAGUAGUAACUCUAACACUAUUGAAACUACAACUGAUCAUUCUAUACCAGAUGCUUCAAAUGAAAGUCAAAGAGAUUUACUUACCAACCUAUUAAAUGAGUGUAAAGUAGAUUGUGUAAUUUGUUAUGAACGAGCUAAAAAUGUUGAACAAAUUUGGAACUGUCGUAAUUGUUUUCAAAUUAUGCAUUUGAAAUGUAUCAUGGUUUGGUUUAUUAAAUCUCAAUCGAAUGGUACUUGGAGGUGUCCAGCAUGUCAAAGUGAAGUGACUGGAAAACCGGAUUAUUUAUGUUUUUGUGGUGCUUUUAAAAAUCCAUAUUCGAACAAUAUAGAUGUUCCACAUUCUUGUGGUCAAAUGUGUGGAUUACAAAAAAAAAAUGCUAAUGUGGAGUAUAAUAAUUGUCAUCAUAAAUGCACUCUGUUAUGCCAUCCAGGUCCUUGUCCACAAUGUGUUGUGCAAGUCUUAAGGAGAUGUAGAUGUGAAAAAACUGAAGUUUAUGUUCAAUGUGGACAGUCUACCCCAAUUUUGUGCCAAAAUAUAUGCUCAAAACAACUUAACUGUAAAAACCAUGUGUGUGAGAAACGUUGCCAUGUUGGCAAUUGUGAGCCAUGUAAAAAGAACUGUCCACGAAUAUGUUUCUGUGGCAAAUCGCAAAAACUAGUACCGUGCUCUGCAGAAAAUGCCAUGGUGGUGUACUAUGAUUGUGGAAAAUUAUGUGGAAAAAAAUUGUCUUGUAACAAUCACACAUGCAAUAAAACAUGUCAUAUUGGUUCAUGUGAACCAUGUAAAUCAUUGGAUAUUGAUAAAUGUCCUUGUGGAAAACACAUUUUUACACAAGAAGAACUCAAGAAUCGUACAAUAUGCACUCAGCCGAUCCCUACAUGUGGUCAGUUAUGCGAAAAGCCUCUUCAAUGUGGUCCACCUGAUAAUCCACAUAUAUGUGAAAAAUACUGUCAUGAAGGCCCAUGUGGGCCCUGUGAGUUAAAAACCAAGUAUAUUUGUAAAUGUGGUAGUAGAUCAAAAGAAAUAAAGUGUAAUUCAGUGACUAGUGAACUGACUUGUAAAAAAAAAUGUAAUAAGAUGAUGUCUUGUGGUAAACAUAGAUGUAUGGUAAUGUGUUGUAAUGCACAAGUGCACGAGUGUAAUAGAAUAUGCAAUGGACUUUUAAAUUGCCGUCAACAUCGUUGUGAACGUAUGUGUCAUACAGGAAGCUGUGCAGUGUGUUAUGAAGCAAGUUUUGAUGAGUUAUAUUGUCGAUGUGGAAACAGUUUUAUUCCUCCACCAAUCAGAUGUGGUACUCGUCUUCCACUCUGUACAUUACCCUGUUCACGAGAACAUGAAUGUGGUCAUCCUGCUACACAUGUUUGCCAUGACGAAGAAGAAUGUCCUCCUUGUAUAGCUCUUACUGAAAAAUUAUGUUUUGGUGGUCAUGAGUUACGCUUCGCUAUACCAUGUCAUAUAAAAAAUGUUUCAUGUGGAAUGCCAUGUGGCAAUCCACUGCCUUGCAAUCGACAUACCUGUGCCAAGCCAUGUCAUGCACCGCCUUGUAACACUGGACCUUGUCGAUUACCUUGCAACUUACCCAAAUCAGAUUGUGGUCAUCCAUGUUUAGUACCUUGUCAUGAUGGUCCAUGUCCUCAAAAAGCAUGUAAAACAAUGGUUAAUGUAAGCUGUAUUUGUGGAAAUUUAACUGAAACUAGGGUGUGUUCAGACACCAAAGUCAUUGAAUAUCGUCUUAGGGUUAGAACUCAAUCAAUGAGCUUUCUAGAUAAUAUAGUUGACUUGUCACCAACUAACAAAACAUAUAAAAUUUUGGAAUGUACAACAGAAUGUGCUAAAUUAGAAAGAAACCGUCGUAUAGCUCUUGCAUUACAAAUUCGCAAUCCUGACUUAUCGCCUAAUGUUACUCCAAGAUAUUCUGAUUUUAUGAAAGAAUUUGCUAAAAAAGAUGCUCCUUUCUGUAAUUAUAUUCACGAAAAACUUGCUGAAUUGGUCACUAAUACUAAACAAUCAAAUAAAAGUUCUCGAAGUCAUUCAUUUGAGGUAAUGAAAUUUGAAAAACGGAAAUUAGUACACGAAUAUUGUGAACAUUUUGGAUGUGAAUCUGCAGCUUAUGAUGCUGAACCAAAUAGAAAUGUUUUGGCUAUUGCCAGCAGAGAAAAGUCAUGGCUUCCAAAUUACAGUGUAGUAGAGGUUGUUCAACGUGAAAGUGGAUGCCCAAGAGUUAAUCCAUUUGCAAGUAUCCAAAAACGCAACACGACCAUUUUAAAUAAAAAAUUUUAAAAUAUUUUAAUAAUU